AUGUCUAUUUCUUUUUGUUUAUAAAGUGUUUGACAUUUUCUCUCCAGAUGAGCAGCAGAUGACUGAAGUUAGAAGCAGUUUCUGGAGCCCCCCACCCAUCCUGCCUUCUCCCUUGUGGACAGGGGGGAAGGCCUCGGGGUGCGUGUCCUCACUGCAGCCCCUCUGGCGGAUGGUUUCAUGCUGUGAAGCUGCGUCACACGAGCCUCUUCUAUUUCAUUUCUGUCCAUAUUCCCGGCUCUUCGCUUUUCUCCUCCUCCUCCCAGCCUUCUCCUCCUUCUACUCCUCCCCCUGCAGGCUUCAGGGUGCCACAGAGACGCUCAGUCUUUGAAAACAAACUUUCCCUGAAACUUCUUUCCUCUCUGCGGAUGCAAACUCUUUGGUUCCUGCAGGUUCUUCGCAGAAAGCUGCAAUGCUUCUCAUCUGUCUUUUAACUUUUGCUGGCGCCGCCGGAGCCCAAAGCCAGCUUCUGCCAGGCUCAUGCAACUUUGAGUCCAGCACCUGCGGAUACACGUCAGAACCGGACUUCAUGAGCUGGACCCUGCACAAAGAUGGACAUUUCGUUGCAGUGGAGGCAGAAUCGAGCGCUAGCCUGGACCUUGGCUCAGGUCAGGGUGCAGAACCAACGACAGAGAUCAUGGGAACCAUGAUCAGUCCGGUUCUUGAGCAGGAGGAAUGGAGCUGCCUGAGGCUUGUCUACCAGAUCACAGAGUCGGGGAGCCUGGAGGUCCUGCGUCGCUCUGCGGGAGACGGCUUGGACAAGCCGCUGUGGAGCAGCCAGACCCCCUCCGAAAGCUGGGUCAUCUCCAGUGUGGAUCUGCCGCACACUACGGAGCCUUACAGGCUCGUCAUGGAGGGCAGACCUGAGCUCAGAGCUGGAAGCAGCCUGGCCAUUUUUGAGAUCCACAUCAGCCCCGGAUACUGCCUGGACUGUGAUUUUGAGCAGCCCCACCUGUGUGGCUACAAGAACCAGUGGAACGCAAACGUGAACUGGUACGUGGGGGGAGGCAAGAUCCAGCUGCUGCACAACAACAUGCCCUAUGACCACACCUACCACAACAAGACAGGUCACUUCAUGUACGUGGACUCUGGCCACGCCAGGACCUUCGUUGAGGUGGCCAAACUUGCGUCUCCCAUGACGACAGUGCCAAUGUCCGGGUGUUUGACCUUUCAGUACCAGCGUAACGAGGGGGGAGGGAACCUGUUCUCUGUUUACACCCGGGACCGUCUGGGUCAGUACCAGGAGCUGUGGAGGGCGGGAUCAGAGGACCAGGAAGAGUGGGGUGAGGCUCUUGGAGAAUGGAUCCCCGUGCAGGUGGACCUCAAGGCUCCGUACUCGGUGCAGGUCGUCUUUGAAGUGGGCUUCAACAGUCAGACUGGGGGGCACAUUGCGCUUGAUGACAUCUCCUUCUCUCCAGAGUUUUGCAGCUCAGACACAGAGCCGACCUUUGACCCUUCCAUCGGCAACUGUGACUUUGAGUCGGGUCUCUGCCGCUACACACAAGAGUCAGGGUCAUCGUGGAAGGUGGUGUCCGUGAAGCCCAACGUCUUCAGGAAUGGAGACCACACCACGGGGGCAGGGUCGUUCCUGCUGGCCCAUUCCCGGUUUGGCCCGCGCUCCACAUACGUGAGCCGAGUACUGGGUCCAACUCUGGCUGGGAACAUGAAGUACUGCCUCAGAUUCUUCUUUUCGCUGAGAGGCUUCAACCAGACGGACCAGGCUUUAGCUGUUUAUCUGCAGCAGCACAGCGGGGUCCAGGAACAGAUCUGGACUCAGGGGGAGAAGUCCAGAGGGAUCUGGAUCGCAGCAGACGUCAGCUUCCAGACCUCAAAGUCUGCCAAGGUGGCUUUCGUCAGCACCUGCAGGAGCUUCUGGGACUGCGGCUCUGUGGCUCUGGACGACAUCAGCAUGAGUCUGGGAGACUGCGAGCUGACGGCAGGUUUGUCGUCGCCGCCCCCUCCAGGAAACUGCGACUUCGAAGCAGGACUGUGUGGUUAUUCCCAGGAGAAGGAGAAAGAUGCUGCUGACUGGCAGAGGAGAAGAGGACCCACCCCCACCUCCUACACUGGGCCCAGAGCGGACCACACCAGUGGCUUGGGAUACUACCUGCACAUGGAGGCAUCGCCCAUGCUGCCCGGACAGAGUGCACGGCUGCUGUCCCGGUCGGUCCGGGGGGGGCGGGGCCCUCAGUGUCUGCAGUUCUUCUACCACAUGUACGGCUCCGGCACGGGUGAACUCAGAGUCCUCCUCAACGGAGAAGGCCAGGAGGCGUUGCUAUGGCAACAGAGUGGGGAGCAGAGCGUCGCCUGGCUGAGGGGUCAAGUGCAGUACCAGUGGGACAGACCCCACCAGAUUAUAUUUGAGGCGACCCGGGGGUCUUCUGUGAGGAGCGACAUUGCUAUUGAUGACAUCAUCCUGCAGGGGGGGCCAUGUCCAGACAAGCAGGUGAAGGCCAGCACAGUGAUCUCCAAUGAGCUCCAUUAGGAGGAGGAUGUGCAUCCCCCCCACCCCCCCAUUCCCACGGUUGGACAGAACAACUUGGUGUUGUUGCCUCCUGAGGGAGCUUUCCUCUUCAGCAGCUCUCCUCACAUCCAUUUGCAUUAGAUUCACGCUCCAAUAAAGUUCUUCUACAUGACUCUGGUUCUGAGGCAGCCGAUGCUUUGGGAGGCUGAGGUCGACAUGGGGGGUGGGGGUGGGGGGAUGGGCUCCCAGAGAAAAACUGAUCAGGAGGAUCCUGAAGACACACCUGAGCUGGACUCGAAUCCAUCAGUGGAAACAGCAGUCGUCCUCUCCAUUCACAGCACCGCCUUUUUUUUUGGGGGGGGGGGGGGGGGGGGUUCCAUACACACCACGAACCAAAUUACUGUAAUUUCACGUUUGUCCUUUUUCUGCACGACCGUUUUUAAACAGCUAAAGAGGAAGACUCCUUCCUUCUCUCAUGACUUCUAUGUUUUCUUUAACAAUAAACUAAUUCAGUCCAUCAAAACAACUG